UGUGUAAUAAAAUUUCCGAAACGCAUAUGAUACACUAGUAUUGCAUUUUUCUUCAUUUUUGCAAUUUGCAUUGCAUUCUUUCACUUGCGUUACUUCUUCAAUCUCUCUAAUCCCAUUCCUCUCUCUCGCUCUCUCUCUCAAAUGUUGAAAUCAUAAUCUCCAUUUUUUCGAACCCAAUUCAAAAUCUAUCUCUCUCUCUACCCAAUGGAGUGUUCCUCAGAAGAUUCUUCAGAUAACACUCAAAAACCAGACUCAAACAACAACAACAACAAUCAACGAGUUUAUUUUGUUCCUCACAGGUGGUGGAAGGAUGCACAAGAUGCAAUGCCAGUGGAUUUGGAUAAGAAGAAGGGGAUUGUAUAUGCAUCUUCGCCGGGUUCAUCAUACGGUCCUAUGAAGAUAAUUAACAACAUCUUCAGCUCAGAUCUCGUGUUUAAUCUUCAGAGAGAGGAAGAAUCACGGAACAUUCUGGAAAAUGGUGAAGUGGGUGUUUCUGGUAGGGAUUUUGCUUUGGUUUCUGGUGAUAUGUGGUUGCAGGCACUCAAGUGGCAUAGUGAUUCAAAAAAUGCAACGAAAGAUGACAAAGGCUUUUCAGCAACCGACACUGAUAUGGGAGAUGUAUAUCCUUUACAGCUCAGGCUUUCUGUUCAAAGGGAAACAAAUUCCUUUGAAGUAAGAAUAAGCAAAAAGGACAAUACAGUUGAGCUUUAUAAAAGAGCCUGCAAACUGUUCAGUGUGGAUUCAGAGAUGUUACGCAUUUUGGACUAUUCAGGCCAUAUAACCUUGCUUUUUAGUGAUGGCGAAAAUCAUGUGCCCACAGACUUUCAAAGGCAGUCUGAUCAGGAGAAUCUUCUGGAAUUGCAAGUUUAUGGGUUGUCAGACUCAAUGAGAUGUAGGGAAGGGAAAAAAGAUUCUGGCAGUGCUUCAAUGAAGAUGAAUGGUACUGCUGAUUGUACGCGUGCGAGUUCUUUGACAUUCUGUUUAGGCCCUGGUGAAGCUGGUUCCUUGGGACUAACUGGAUUACAAAACCUAGGAAAUACUUGCUUUAUGAACAGUUCCCUUCAGUGCUUAACACAUACGCCGAAGCUUGUUGACUAUUUUCUGGAAGAUUAUAGUAGAGAAAUCAAUUCUGACAACCCAUUGGGCAUGAAUGGUGAGAUAGCGUCGGCGUUUGGAGAUUUACUUAGGAAGUUAUGGGCUCCUGGCGCAAGUCCUGUGGCACCAAGGAUGUUCAAAUCAAAGCUUGCUAGAUUUGCACCUCAGUUUAGUGGGUUUAAUCAGCAUGAUUCCCAAGAGCUUCUUGCAUUUUUAUUGGACGGACUUCAUGAAGAUUUAAAUCGUGUUAAAUGUAAGCCUUACGUAGAAGCAAAGGAUGGAGAUGGUCGACCAGAUGAAGAAGUUGCCGAUGAAUAUUGGAAUUAUCAUUUGGCUCGCAAUGAUUCAGUCAUUGUUGAUGUGUGCCAAGGCCAAUAUAAAUCAACGUUAGUUUGUCCUGUUUGUAGGAAGGUGUCUGUGACAUUUGAUCCAUUCAUGUACUUAUCAUUGCCCCUACCUUCAACAACAAUGCGGACAAUGACUUUAACCGUUGUUAGUAACACUUGUGAUGGAAUGUCUCAAUUAUCACCAUAUACAAUUUCUGUUCCAAAACAUGGAAAAUUUGAAGAUCUUACUCGUGCUCUUAGCACUGCAUGCUCUUUGGGACCUGACGAGGCUUUAUUAGUAGCCGAGGUAUACAACAACCGCAUCAUACGUUUCCUUGAAGAUCCAGCUGAUUCAUUAUCAUUGAUCAGAGAUGCUGACAAACUAGUUGCUUACCGAUUUCCGAAAGAUAAUGUGGAUACCCCUCUCGUCGUCUUUAUAAACCAACGAAUGGAGGAGCAAUAUAUCUACGGGAAAUUGGCUCCAAAUUGGAAGGCAUUUGGAAUUCCUGUUGUGGCUAGUCUCUGUAAUAUUGUAAAUGGAUCUGAUCUCCGCAAUUUGUAUCUGAAGUGGUUCCAUCCAUUACAAGAUUUGAUCGAAGAAACUUUAGAGAGUUGUGUUGUGUCUGAGAGAACGGAAGAAGUUGCGGAAAUUGAAGGCGUUGCAGAUUCUGGUUCAGAUACCAUUGUAAAUGGGUUAGAUACGCCUUCAGAUGGAGAAAUGGAGUUCUACAUAACAGAUGAUAAGGGGACUGUCAAGAAUUCCAAAAUAUUAAUGAAUGAGCCACUUACAGUAAAUGGAGGGUUAAAUCCGCUGCACGUGCUUGUAUGUUGGUCAGAAAAACAGAUUAAAAAAUAUGACACCCAGCUUUCUAGUUCGUUGCCUGAGGUCUGCAAGUCUAGCUUUUUAGCAAAGAGACCUCAAGAACCAGUUUCUCUGUAUAAGUGCCUUGAAACAUUCUUGCAAGAAGAACCUCUUGGACCAGAAGACAUGUGGUAUUGUCCUGGCUGUAAAAAUCAUCGUCAAGCUAGCAAGAAGUUAGAUCUUUGGAGACUUCCUGAAAUUUUGGUCAUUCAUCUCAAGAGGUUUCAAUAUAGUCGAUUCAUGAAAAACAAGCUGGAGACAUUGGUUGACUUCCCUGUGGAUAAUCUUGAUUUGUCAUCUUAUAUUACCCAUGGGAACCAGAAGUCUUAUCAUUACACACUUUAUGCUAUCAGUAACCAUUUUGGAAGCAUGGGGGGUGGUCAUUAUACCGCAUUUGUACAUCAUGGUGGGGAUCAAUGGUAUGACUUUGAUGAUAGCCGUGUCUAUCCCAUCAGCAAGGAGAAGAUAAAGUCGUCAGCUGCCUAUGUUCUUUUCUACAGAAGAGUUUCAGAAGUAUUAACAGAGAGAAGAGAGUAGCAUAUAGUUCAAACAGCAAAUUGAAGCUAGAUACCAUUUAUUCACAUUAUUCCCAUCCCAGUCUUACAACUGUACAGAGGGUGAACCCUGGUGCAAAGAUAAGAUUCCUUCCCUGUGACCUGGUCUUCAGAGGAUCCAGUUACAGAAAUAGUUUCUGCUCAUGCAGUUAAGAUCAUGUACAUCCAACCGGUUUCAAACCCUACAAUGUCGAGUGCAUGGUGCACUGAACUGCCCCUUUUUUGAGUCUUCUUACAAGUAUACUUGACAAGUUAGCAUUCUUUUGCCAUUUACUCUUACAGUUUAGGCUAGUUGGAGUUUCACCAGGGAAAUGGUUACUUUAAAACUUAGAACAGUAUACUAAGGAAGACUAACAUAGUAAAAACUAAGGUGAGUAACAUACCUAUUGGAUCAAAGCAUAUUGUUUACAAAUGUCUAUCCAUGUAAAGAGAAUUCUGUUUUGAAGAGCUGGACCGGAUCCUGUCCAUUUAUAUUUUUAUUCGAAUUAUGUUCAUUAGCUUCCGUAAGCGAUUUUGAAUUCAUUGAUAGUUAGUUCAAUCUUCUGUAGGUAAAUCAGGACGUUGCCAACAUUUUGAUUUUCUUUAUGGUAAUCAGAAUGUGGCGUGACUGAAAUUCAUAUAUUCUUUUGGAAAUGAAUAUUUGUUUAAAUGAGCUUCGGUAUUUUCUUCGAA